AUGGCGGAGCUCAUCGACGGGUCCCCUCUUUUCAUGGCUUCCAAUGAAGCAGACCAGCUCGACGUGAUCUUCAACGUCCUCGGCGCGCCAGAUGAAACGACGUGGCCAUGGUUGUCGUCCACGCCGUUCGCCACCCAGAUGAUGCCAGAGCUGAAGAUGAAGCGGCGCAACCUACUGCGACAGGAGUUUCCCAUGAAAAAGCUAUCCAUGCAAGGAUUCCGGGUACUCAGCGGCCUGCUCACUUGCAACCCCGACAAGCGGCUCACGGCAGCUGCCGCGCUCAAACACCCAUGGUUUGCCAAGAUGAACAACGCACCGGAGCUGCACCUGCCAAAGAAAGAACAAGUGCCAUCAACGAUGCCCAAGAUCAAGAGACUUAGGGUGCUGUCAUUUUCAGCAUCGAAGUUGCGGAAUUUAGAUGCCUUUUCAAAGAGUGAUCCUAUGCUAGUGGUCUACACUAACAUAAAAGGAAAACUAGAGGAGAUUGGCCGUACUGAAGUGAUUUUAAAUUCACUGGAGCCCUCAUGGAUCACAAAGGUUACAAUGUCUUACCAAUUUGAGAUUGUGCAACCACUCAUGAUAUAUGAUAUUGACACAAAGUACCACAACACUCCAGUGAAGAUGUUGAAUUUGUCUCAGCAAGAUUUUCUGGGGGAAGCAUGCUGUAACUUAUCAGAGAUUGUAACAAAAUUUAACCAUAGCCUGACAUUGAAUCUUCGGAGUGAUUGUGGACAUGGACUUCAUGGAACAAUCACAGUACAUGCUGAAAAAAGUGACUCCUCUAGAAUAGCAGUUGAGAUGACUCUGCAUUGCGUGAACUUGGAAAACAAAGAUGUGUUCUCCAAAAGUGAUCCCUUCUUAAGAAUAUCUAAAGUGGUAGAGACUGCUGGUCCCAUUCCUAUCUGCAAAACGGAAGUAGUACCUGACAACUUGAACCCUGUUUGGAGGCCAAUCACUUUAACAUCACAGCAGUAUGGAAGCAAGGAUAACCCACUUCUAGUUGAGUGUUUUGAUUUUAAUUCCAGUGGUGACCAUGUACUGAUAGGGGCCUUCCAGACAACUAUUACUCAGCUUGAAAAUCUAUAUACCUCAAAGUCUGGAGCAAAUUUUUACAGCCACAAGGGACAAAGAAAGAUGAAAGGACAAUUGUUUGUGGACAAGUUGCAGGAAACAGUCCAGCAUACUUUCUUAGACUACAUUUCCAGUGGAUUUGAGCUCAAUUUCAUGGUGGCUGUAGAUUUUACUGCUUCGAAUGGAGACCCACGUGUACCACAGUCCUUGCACUACAUUGACCCCUCUGGCAGACCUAAUUCGUAUCAACAGACAAUACUUGGGGUUGGCGAAGUUCUGCAGUUUUAUGACACUGAUAGGCGAUUUCCUGCAUGGGGUUUUGGAGCAAGGGCUCAAGGUCAUGUAUCACAUUGUUUUAACUUGAAUACUGCUACAAAUGACUGUGAGGUGGUUGGAGUUGAAGGCAUUUACUCUAAUGUGAGUACCAUUCAGGUCGUGGCCACAGGCGGGCGGCGCUCGUCGAUGCACGCUGGUUCGGCGGGUAAGGCGCAGCAAGGCACGGACGGCGUGGGCGGUCAGGCGUGCUGGCCCCGGCUUGCGGAUGCGGAGAGGGCUGCAGCGGUGGAGGACAACGACCUCGGUGCCGCGGAGGUCUGA